AUGCCCGGAUGUGCUGUUCGGCGUGCGCGUGGUCCCUGGCCAGCGGAUCGACCUGGCUUUCCCGGGUCUUUUCGAGCUGUUCCUGCUUGUGCUGAUGCGGAGGCUCGUGAGCAGUUCAUUCUUUUCUGUGUUUCAGGAACCAUUUGUAACCCUGGACCUCGGAAGUCUAUGGCCAAGCUGCUUUAUGUCCGCCUGGCGCUCUUCCUGCCAGAGAUGGUCUGGGCUUCUCUAGGGGCCUUCUGGGUGGCAAAAGGUAUCCAAUGUGACAAGACAGUUGUGAUUGGCAUCAUCACCACCGUCAUAGUCAGUUGGAUUGUCAUGGCUGCCACCAUGGUCACCAUCGUCUUUGUCUUUGACCCGCUGGGCGGGAAGACGUCUUCACAUCCCCCGGGCUGCCCCGAACACCUGGAUAGUAACAACUCAAGCCGGUUGUUGACUGGCCUGAAGACAGCCGCCAAGAGCGUGUGGGAGACCAGAGUGAUGGUGUGCUGCUGCUGCGUGGAGCAGGACGAUAACAACGCGAGAGUCGCUUUUUCCAGCGCGGCCGACCUUUUCUCCACCUACUUCUCUGACACAGACCUGGUGCCCAGUGAUAUUGCAGCAGGCUUCACCCUUCUCCACCAGCAACAGGACAAUAUCAACAACAGCCUGGAGCCUCGGGAGGUCGUCACCCACUUUCCAGGGCAGUCUCAGGAGGCCGACUUGGAUGCAGAAGUGGAAAACUGCCAUCACUACAUGCCGUUCGCAGCCGCCGCCUAUGGGUGGCCCCUCUACAUCUACAGAAACCCAUUCACGGGGCUGUGCAGGAUCGGGGGCGGCUGUUGCAGAAGCACAGAGAUAGAAUAUGAUGCAGUCGAAGGGGACCAGCACCACUGCCACUUUGCCUCCAUCCUGAAGACGACCGGGCUGCAGUACAGGGACUUCAUUCACAUCAGCUUUCACGACAAGGUGUAUGAGCUGCCCUUCAUAGUGGUUCUGGAUCACAGGAAGGAGGCCAUUGUGGUCGCCGUGAGAGGGACCAUGUCUCUCCAGGAUGUCCUGACUGACCUGUCUGCAGAGAGUGAGAACCUCGAGCUGGAUACUGAGCUACAGGACUGUGUGGCCCACAAGGGAAUUGUUCAAGCAGCCAGAUACAUUUACCGCAGACUGGUCAAUGAUGUUCUGAGCCAAGCCUUCAGUGUUGCUCCGGAGUACCGGCUUGUUCUGGUGGGGCACAGCCUAGGAGCCGGAGCUGCGGCCCUGUUAGCCAUCAUGCUUCGGGGGACCUACCCACAAGUCCGUGCUUAUGCCUUCUCCCCGCCCAGGGGCCUGCUGAGCAAAUCCCUUUAUGAAUACUCCAAGGACUUCAUUGUGUCACUUAUCUUAGGAAUGGAUGUGAUUCCCAGGUUAAGCGUGACCAACAUGGAAGAUCUGAAGAGAAGGAUCCUGCGAGUGAUUGCUAACUGCAACAAGCCGAAGUACAAGAUCUUGCUGCAUGGCUGUUGGUACGGACUCUUUGGAGGAAGCCCUGACAACUCUCCAACUGAACUGGACGAAGGCAACCAGAGAGCCCUGACCCAGCCUCUACUUGGGGAGCAGAGUCUGCUGACCCGAGGCUCCCCAGGCUACAGCUCCAGCGACUCCCCUCUGGACUCGCCCACCAAGUACCCACAUCUGUACCCACCGGGCAGGAUCAUCCACCUGGAAGAAGAGAGUGGUUCGGGGAGGUUUGGCUGCUGUUCCGCUGCCCACUACAGGGCAAGGUGGGCACAUGAAGCAGACUUUGGCAAGAUCCUGAUAGGCCCAAAGAUGCUGACUGACCACUUGCCUAACAUCCUGAAUCAGGCCCUGGACAGAGUGGUCGCCGACAGAACAGCCUGUGUCUCCUGCCCAGGGCAAGGCGGCGCUCACACAGCUGUGGUUUAAUCCCAUCUACUGGACACUGCCCAGCACAGUGGGCUUGUGCUUUUUUUUUUUUUUUUCUUAGACUGACUGAAUGUGAGUGGCUUCUGUGAGGCUGGUAUGGUGGCAUCCAUCAGUAGUAAUCUGAUGAGUCCCAGUGGAAUGGGCAACAACAUGACCAAAUUUUUUUUUUUUUUUUUU